UAAGGACACGCAAAGCGUGUUGCCAUGAUGUCCCUAAAGCUGAGUGAAUCCAGGGCUUUCUAGGUAAAGGGACGGCUGAAACCUAGGUGAACGUUAGGAGACAUACCUAUCUUGCUACACUGGCGUGUCCCGAUAAAAAUAACUUGGCCCCACCCCACAGCGCCUUUCUUUGGGGGAGGUCACUGAGAGGGGGGGUCCGGGUGGCCAAGGCUUCUCCACCCGCUUCGGAGUUGGGGAGGGGCUUCCAGUGGCCCCACAAAGUGCUGGUGUUCGCUGGGCGGCCGCUAGGGGGCGCGUGGGUCCCCCGCGGAGCCCUCGUGGGCUGGGUGGCGCCCAGCUGCGCCCUCGCGGGUCCUAACGUCCGCAAGCUGCGACCAACGCAGGGGAAGGCAGCCCAGGGCUCGAGCUUGGAGAGCGGACUGCGGUGGGCUGCGGGUACCGGGUCGGUGGGGCCCGGACACCACCCCGUAGGUGGGUGCGGGUUCCUGGCCGUGGGGAGUGGGAAACCCGGUGGCCACUCACUUCCCUUCCGUCGGCCAGGAGGGCUCCAGACGGGGGCUGACGGGUACCCCGGCGGCUGGGGCAGGGGAGCCCUGUGCCUCACAGGAGCUCCGGAAGUCCUCAGAGACACGGCGGGCAGUGAGCAGGACGUGGCCGGCCAGCUGGUAGCGCACACGGACCGCUCCUGAGGGUGCACCAUGCCGCCGGCCGCGGCACCCAGCUUGGUCUCCCUCCGAGAGCUGGCCGACCUCUCCAUCGGCACCCCCGAGGUGGGUGCCGUCAACUUCACGGCCCUGCACACACUCCUCGUGGCCAUGCUCAAGAACCUCAAUCUGCAGGACACACAGAUCGAUUUCCACUCGCCAUUGCCCGAGCAGAGCCGUGUCUUUGAGUCUUCCGGGUCCGCACCCAGUGUCCCGCACCAGGCUGACCCCGAAGAGAAGCCAAGGAGCAGCAGCGUGAGCAAGACUACGCAGCAGAUGCUGGAGAACCAGGUGACGGACCUGGGCGGACAGGUCCAGGACCUCAGCAAGCAGCUCAAGACCAUGGAGAGCCAGAUGCAGGGCAUCGUGACCCACGUGCAGCACAUCACCACCCAGGCUGGCCAGCCUGGCCUGGACACCCAGGAACCGCCAGUGGAGGAGACAGCCUUGCUGAUGCCAGAAAGGAUGCGCACAGGGUCGAUGAAAGCUGUGAAGGAUCACAAGGUGGUCAGCGCCACCCAGGCCAUAGAGCUGCACCAGGAUGUCAUGAAAGAUGUGAAAACCCUAAAAGACCAGCAAAAGGCACAGCACCCUGAAUUGAGCCUCCAGGUAAGGCAGGACCCCAUCUCAGGGAAUCCACAUGCCUUCCUUUUGUGUGUGUGCACAUGUCUGUGUCUGCGUACCUGUAUGUGCACAUGUGUCUGCAUGUGUAGGGGCCACCAGAGAAGCCACUUUGAUCCUCCAUCUCUGAAUUUCUUCCAGAAAGCCUUCCAACGGAUUGAUGAACUAGAGAAGCUCCUUGGAGACCAGGAGGAUUGCAUGAAAGCCUUCCAACGGAUUGAUGAACUAGAGAAGCUCCUUGGAGACCAGGAGAAUUGCAUGAAAGCCUCCCAACGGAUUGAUGAACUAGAGAAGCUCCUCAGAGACCAGGAGGAUUACAUGGAAACAGUGAGCCGGAAGCUGAGUUUGAUACCUGCUGGAGAAGACAUCACCAUGGUCACCUGGGAGGAGUUGGAGCAAGCAAUUACUGAUGACUGGAGGGCCUCACAAGCGGUGAACAGUUGGGGGGGUACUGGGAGUGGUCUCAGGUGGUGCUCCCCCAAACUUCUCCCUUUUUUCUACUGCACAGUAUUCUGUUCUGUGAAUGCUCAUAAUUUUGUAUUUCCUAUUUUGGAUAUUUUUAAUGUGUUUUAUGUGGAUGUUCAAAAUUUUCCUACUUCGGGUAUUUUUUUUGUUGUUUUUUUCCAGUCUUAUACCAUGCUCCAAUGUGACAUUCACAAGUAUGAACAUACCUUUAGGGUAAAUUCACUGACUUCUUUCCUCCUCUUCACCCAGGGCCUGGAGUCCCCAACAGCAGGGCUUCCGAAGCACAAAGGGCAGGCUUCCUUUACGUCAAAUGGUGCGGCCCACAGUGGAGUCCCCACCAAACACCCGAGUAUUGGCCAGGCUCCAGAUUCUGCCAGUGGUUUGGGCUCAGGUCGGGCCUUGUUAGGCAACAGAGGCACUGGAUACCCCUCGGAAGGGAUUACGAGCAGGGAACGGAGCAGGGUGACCUCUGCUACUGGGUUUCCAGAUAAAGAGCAGCAUCUAAGGGCCGGUGAUGAAGCGGGCCUGGCAGAGCCCCAUCACCCCCCCGUGUCCCAAUUCAAAAUAGAGUCCGAUCGUCUCAGGACUAGCUUACCUCCGCAUCUGAGAAGAGAUGACCGAGAUGCACACCCUGGCCCUGAACAACAGGACUUACCCUCGGCCAGAGACGGGCAUCUCCACGCGUACCCAGAUCAGCAUGGGGGGCUGCCCGUUAGCCAGGGUCAUAUCUAUCAGCAUAGAUCAGGCCCAGCUGGCAUGGAUCCGCUUUCACUGCUCCAUCCUAGCGCUCACCCACAGGGUGUGGUACCCUUCAGCAUGGGUCGGCUUGGUGUGGUGCCACCUGGAAUGGACGAGCAGGGAUUGGUAGUACCUGGCGUGAGUCAGCGUGUGGUGCCACCAUUGGUACCUGGCAGAGAUCAGCAAGGAUUAGAACUACCUAGUCCAGAUCAGUCUUCUGUGGUUCCACUCAGCACAUAUCAGCAUGGCAUGAUACUUCCUGGCACAGAUCAACGUGGUAUGGAACAGCCUGGGACAGAUGACAGUGACAUGGGACCACUUGGCAUGGAUCAGCAUAGAUUUGUAAUGUUUGGCACAGAUCAGCAAGGACUCGUACCUUCUGAUGUAGACCAACAUGGAUUGGUUCUACCUUUUACAGAUCAGCAUGGUUUGGUAUCGCCUGGCUUAGUGCAAGUUGCUACAGUUCAGCAAGGUUUUGUGCAGCCCAGUUUGGAGACAUCUGGCUUCAUACAACCUGGUACAGAGCAGCAUGUGAUCCAGCCUGGCCCAGAUCAGCCUGCUUUGGUCCAGCCUGGUACAGGUCAGCAUGGUUUGGUCCAGCCUGGCCCAGGUCAGCCUGCUUUGGUCCAGCCUGGAAUAGAUCAGCUUGGUUUGAGGCAACCUGGUACAGAUUUACGAGAUUUGAUAUUGCCAGGCACAGAGCUUCGUGGCCUUCCAACAUUCCACACAGGUUCUCGAAGUUUUAUAUCACCUCGCCCAUAUCAGCAUGGAAUGGUACCUUCUGGCAGAGAUCAACAUGGCCAGGUACCACCACUCCUAGCCAGUCAAGAUUUGGCAUCACCAGGCAUAGACCAAGAGGGUUUGGUACCACCAGAAAUUCAUCAGCAAGGUCUGAUGCAUCUUGGCACAGCCCGGGAUGGCCCAACACCAUCAAGCACAAGUGUGGGAUCUGCACACCCAGAUGAACAGCAUUUGCUGUCACAUGGCCCAGAUCAGCGUGGCCGUGCAUACCCGGUAUUAGACUCCCGCGAUGUAAUGUAUCCUGGCCCUCGUGGCCCAGGGUACCCAGGUGUAGAUCAGUACAUCCGGGUAGGUUCGGAUCCAAAUCAAAUACAUACAGCAGACCAACCUGGGAUUUCUGUCCAAACCACCGCAAGCCAAGAGGCUACCAUUUCCAGGAAUGAAGACUACCUUAGCAGUCUCUACCAAGUCUCACCAGGAAAGAGUGGCACCCAGAGAGAGAGACGUGCAUCCCCGGAUAAACUGGCUUCUAGCUUCCCAAUGGCAGUGGAAGCAUUUCGUCUGAUGGGAAAGCUCAUCGGUCUCUAUAUGGAGCUAAAGAAGAACACGGAAAAUCUGGAUGAGGAGCAAGCUGGCCAGACCGACUUGGAGAAGAUUCAGUACCUGCUCACACUGAUGGUCAAAAAGACCAUACCCCCCGACCUACAGGAGCAGCUCAACACCUUAAAGACCUUGACCGCAGAAGUUCAGCAGGAUAAAGCCAAACUGGACAAGGUGCAGAGGGUCCUGGAGGGCGAAGGGGAGCGAGGAAAGGGGGAAGAGAUGAAAGGUGGCCAGCUGAGCUUGCAGCUGGGCUCCCUCAGAGUCGCCGUGGCUGACAUUGAGAAGGAACUGGCUGAGCUGAGGGAGAGUCAAGAGCGGGGAAAGGUCAGCGUGGAACGUUCCGUCUCUGAAGCCUCCCUCUACCUGCAGGAGCAGUUAGACAAGCUCAGGACGAUCAUCGAGAACAUGCUGGCCUCAUCUUCCACGUUGCUGUCCAUGAGCAUGGCCCCACACAAGGCCCCGACCACCUUAGCACCUGGCCAGAUUGACCCAGAGGCCACCUGCCCAGCAUGCAGCCUGGACCUGAGCCACCAGGUCAGCACACUGGUGCAGCGCUAUGAGCAGCUCCAGGACAUGGUCAGCAGUCUGGCUGUCUCCCGGCCCUCCAAGAAAGCCAAGCUCCAGAGCCAGGAUGAAGAGCUACUGGGCCACGUGCAGAACGCCAUCCUGCAGGUGCAGGGCAACUGCGAGAAGCUCAACAUCACCACCAGCAACCUCAUCGAGGACCAUCGGCAAAAGCAGAAGGACAUUGACGUGCUGUACCAGGGCCUAGAGAAGCUCCAGAAGGAAAAGGCCAACAAGGAACACUUGGCGAUGGAGAUCGACGUGAAAGCCGACAAGAGUGCCCUGGCAGCCAAAGUGAGCCGUGUCCAGUUUGAUGCCGCCACCGAGCAGCUGAACCACAUGAUGCAGGAGCUGGUGGCCAAGAUGAGCGGGCAGGAGCAGGACUGGCAGAAGAUGCUGGACAAGCUCCUGACAGAAAUGGACAGCAAGCUGGACCGCCUGGAGCUGGACCCAGUGAAGCGGUUGCUGGAGGAUCGGUGGGAGUCCUUGCGGCAGCAGCUCAGAGAGCGCUCUCCAUUCUACCAGGCGGACGAGGCGGCCGCCAUGCGGAGGCAGCUCUUGGCGCAUUUCCACUGCCUCUCCUGUGACCGUCCCUUGGAGACACCUGUGACUGGAGAAAUCAUCCCUGUGACUCCUGUGGGCCCGGGCCUGCCCGGGCACCGCUCCGUCCGCCCCUACACAGUCUUUGAACUGGAGCAGGUCCGGCAGCAGAGCCGCAACCUGAAGCUGGGCAGUGCCGCCUUCCCUCGGGGCGACCUGGCGCAGGUGGAGCGGAGUGUGGGGCGCCUGCACACCAUGCACUCCAGGAUGCUGAUGGACAUCGAGAAGGUGCAGAUCCACUUCGGAGGCUCAGUCAAGGCCAGCAGCCAGAUGAUCCGAGAGCUGCUGCAGGCCCAGUGCCUCAGCUCCCCCUGCUACAAACGGGUGCCCGACACAGCGGAUUACACCUACUCCACCGUGCCUCGGCGCUGCGGAGGCAGCCACACCCUCGCCCAGCCCCACCACCAUGGCCGCCUGCAGCACCCGGCCCAGGGCCUGUACCCCAUGGAAGAGAUCCGGAUCGCCAUGAAGCAUGAUGAAGUGGAUAUCUUGGGCAUGGAUGGACACAUUUACAAGGGACGGAUGGACACAAGGUUGCCAGACAUCCUGAGCAAAGACACCACAGGGAUUACAAGGCCCAAGACCAAGCAGUCCCAGCCCCACGUGCACCAGCUGCGGUCCCUCAGUAACAACAGCCAACUGCCCUCCCGGCCCCAGAGUGCCCAGAUGCUGGCUGGCAACAACUCAGCAACUUCUCGUCAACGGAGAGAGAGACCGGUUUCCUCUGAGGUGCGCCUCUCCCAGCCGAAUGUGGCCCACCCACCCAGUCCCAGUGAGGUGGCACACCUGCCAGCAGGGCUGGGGAUGCACAUGGACAUGCCAUCUGGAGAAGGGCUUGAGGAGCCCACCCGGGGGCCGCGGUCCACCACUGCUCACCGAGGAGAGCCGUAAAUAAAAUGUUUCUCGGGUCCCGG